AUGGUUUGUUGGAUAUUGGGGUGUGGUUUGGGGGUGUGGUGGGGGGUUGGAGGGUGGGGGGGUGGGUGGGGGUUGGGGAGGGUGUGUAUGGGUUGUUGUGUUUUGUGGGGAUUUGUGGGUUUGGGUAGGGAUUGGGGUUGUGGGGUGUGUUGGUGGUGGGUGUGGGUGGGGGGGGGGUUGUGGGUUGGGGUGUGUAGUGGGUUUGGUUGGGAGUGGAAUUUGGAUUGUUGGGGUGGGGUUUGUGGUUGUGGGUUUGUGGUUUUGGUUUUUGGGUGGGUUGUUGGUGGUUUGGGGUUGGGGUUUGAGGGUGGUUGGGGGUGGGUGGAGGUUGUUGGGUGGUUGGGUGGGAGGUGUGGAUGGGGGUGUUGUGGGUGGGGGUUGUGGGGUGGUGGUGGGGUUGGUUGGGGGGGGGGGUUGGUUUGUUAUGGGGUUGGUUGGGGGUGGGGUGGGGUUGUUGGGGUUGUGGGUGGUUUGUGUGGUGGGUGUUUUUGGGGUUUGGUUUGUGUUUGUGUUUUUGUGUGUGUUGUUUUGGUUUGUUGGUGGGGUUUGGUGGUGGGGGGGUGUGUUGGUGGGGUGUGUUUUUGGGGGGGUGUUGUUGUGUUGGGGUUUUUUUGGGGGGGGGGUUUUGUUUGUGGGGUUUUGUUGUUGGUUUUGGUUUGGGUUGGUUGGUAG